ACAGGAGAAAUGGAUGUCAUUUUACAGCUUGUUAUAGUGACAGUUUGGUAUUCCCGUGUAAUCAGCACAGAAAUUGAAAAUUCAACUAUCACGUAUGUAUAUGGUUUCAAGUGCUACUUCGGACACCAGCGAUUAGACCUUUCUUCUGUUGUGUACAUCCAGUACGAAGGGGACCCCAUUCUUUGUGAUGAAAUCUUUUUUCUUGGACAGGAUGCAACCAAUGGAAACAAAUACCAGCUCUGUCUAACGCCUGUUUAUUACCACGAUCCGUACUGUGAGAUUUUCGUAGAGUACAAAUCCUACCUUACCGGCCAAAUUCUUCAGACGUUAAGAUGUAAGGACAACAACACAAACACCUGGUGUUCAGAAGAAACUGACAACUUAUCUGUUAGAAUUAAGAUGGAGUCGUUUGUUCGACAAAGGACUGAAGCUCGGGUCAAAAUGAGACUCGAGGUCAAGCCAAAAACAUACAGAGGUAUCUUUUUGCAUUUCCCCAUCAUCUUUUGCGGUGGUCGGUAUGGAACAUGA